AAUGACAUUUGCUUUGAUAAUCAAGUAACCUAGAUAUACAAUAUAUGUAAAACAAGAAUAAAACAAGUUACUAGAUCUUUAUACAAAACAAGUUUUGUAAAAUUUAUGAAAUUCUGCAAUUACAUAAAACAUGAAGUCAGAUAUUACUGAUCCAUGGAGCGGAACAGAUGUUCCACAAAUCAGUAAUAAUAAGUGUGAAAACUUUUUCGAAGAUUCUUUUGUAGUUAAUCAGUCACAAUAUAUCAAGCUGGCUGAUUCAGAAGAAUAUUUGGAAAAACUUUAUUCCAGACUUAAAAUUCUUGAAAAAGGUACAUCAAAAAAAGAUCUUAUAACAUCUUUAUAUGUGGCAAAAGAAGAUUCUAUUGCACGUUUAAUAACUUCUGGAUGUAAGCUUGAAACAGAAGAAGACACUGAACUUGUUUCAAAUCCUUUAAUAAGACAUAUAGCACCUCAUUUACAGGCAUUAACUGCUAGUGAAUUAGUUCAUCUUUUAAAAGCAGAUAUUCUUCAAAUUAUUAAUGAAUCUGAACAACAAAAAGAAAUUGACUAAAAAAUAAAUAAAUUAUAAAUUAUCUAUUUAAAGAAUAAAAUAAUAAUUAAAA